AAGGAACGGAAAUGCUAUCUGGCAACUGGAUAAUCAUAUCAUACAGCCUUCCUCGAAGUGGUGUGUUGCAUACCAAAUUCUGGGUCCAAAAUGGCGAUCAUAAGCUUGACGCAACGUGAUAAUUCGUACACUUGUCACUUGUGUAUUUACGUUUUACGGACAUCCAAGACUUUUGUGUUUUGUGACGCGGGACAGGAACAUUGUGGAGAAAAUCCAUGGGAAAUAGGAAAGUCUUAUUUUUGUGUUCUGUGCUCAAGAAUGUAAUGAAUAGUAUGAGGUAAAUAAAUGAUUGGUUUUAUUUUUGCAUUUAAUUUUGCAACUGUUUAAUUUUAAUUAAUUUGUCACUCAAAGGAUGUUCGCUUCACAACUAGGGAAUUUUCCAUUUGCAUCUAACAACAAAAUAUUCAAAGAAGAAGUCCCCAACUCAUCAUCAGAUAUGAGUGUCCUUGAUGGAGCAGGUGAUAACAACCAAAAUGUGCCAGACAAAACGAAACUGAUUGUCAACUAUAUUCCUCAAUUCGCCACUGAAGAUGACCUGGCUCAAAUAUUCACACCAAUCGGGCGAGUUGAAAGCAUAAAAAUCAUGAGGGACUUCAAAACUGGUUAUAGCUUUGGCUUUGGUUUUGUAAAAUAUACCACAGCUGAAGAGGCUGCAAAUGCAAUUGAAGCGCUGAAUGGAUUUACAUUCAGAAACAAACGCCUAAAAGUAUCGUACUCCCGUCCACCUGGUGCCGAUAUGAAGGAUUCCAACUUGUAUAUCACAAACCUACCCAAAGAUGUCACUGAGGAAGAUAUCGAUAAUUUGUUUAAACAUUAUGGAGAGAUUGUACAGAGAACUGUUCUGAAAGAUAAAAUAACUGGGUUGCCAAGAGGAGUAGCUUUUGUGAGGUAUUCUAGGGGUGAAGAAGCUCAAGCUGCAAUAGCAAACCUGGAUGGUAAAAUGCUGGAAAAUGCAAUAUUGCCAUUGAGCGUGAAAGUUGCAGAGGACCAUGGCAGACAGAAAGCUCAAUAUUUAGAAUGCUGGAACCCAUUAUUAUUUAAUAGGGGUAAGAAAAGGAGACUUUACUAAUUAACAUAUUACAUCAAAAUUAGGUAUAAGGAUAAUUUUUUUAUAAAAUACAACUAAGGGCAUGUUCAUAGUUUAGCAGUUCAGCUUGCUGCCCACCUCACCAUACCAGUGCAUCAUCAUAGCAGUGUUAACCUGUACGAGGGAUGUCUUUUAAGUUUUGCAUAUGGAAAUAAAAUAACAUGGUAGGUAGUUUUAAAUGACUUUAUUGUUUUUCACGAAUAUUAAUACACAUCUGCAUGCGCUCGAACCAAUUUUCAAAGCACCUAUUCCACUCGUUUGCUGGCAGAUCCCAAACGGCAUUUUUGAAUGCGUCAACUGCUUCUUCUGGUGACUGGAACCUUUGACCACGCAGUAUGUUUUUAAUUUUCGGGAAAGUAAAGAAAUCGUUAGGACUUAGAUCGGGACUAUAUGGAGGAUGGUCCAAUCAUUCCACGUUUUCUUCCGUUAAAUACUGCCUUGUUUUUUGGGCUGUGUGCGAGCUUGCAUUGUCUUGGUGGAGAAUGAUUCUUCUUUCGGGGUUGAUUUUUCGAAGCUCGGUGAUGACUUUUGGCAAACAAAUGGUGGUAUACCAAUCUGCAGUAACAGUUUUGACACAAAUGUCGCGACCAUCUUUUUCGAGACAUUUCGAGAACGGAUUACUUUUGUUGGCUUUUCUUCACCUUGGAACACCCAAACAGCCGACUGUCGUUUACUUUCUGGUUCAUAACAGUAAAUCCACGAUUCAUCACCACUAACAAUGCUGUACACAUUUUUUGAGUUUCCGGAAUUGAAACGGUCAAGC